UCUCUGGUUUUCCUUCCUGUUUUCAGUGAAGAAGCUCCUCCUCCUCCUCCACCUGUUGUCUACAACCGCUACACAGAUGACACCCUCAGAGCGUUGAUCAGGAGGUUGAGAGAGCGCACCAGCGAGCUCAAGGAAAAGUCCAUCGACCCGUACGCCACGUCCCCGGAAAUCAGCCCACCUGUCACACCAAUCCUGAGGAAGGAGGACUACAUCAGGAAGAAGGAAGAGGAGCGAAUAGCCAAAGAAGAGGCGGAAAAAAAGAAGGCAGAAGAGGCGGCCAAAAAGGCGGAGGAGAAGAAGAAAAAGGAUGAGGAGAAAAGGCUGGAGGCUGAGAAGAAGGCGGAGGAGGAGAGGCUGGCCGAGGAAGCCAGGAAGAAGGCGAAGAUCCUCCCGGACAUCAGCUGCUCCUGCUUUGACGUCCUCCUCCGUCCCAUUGAGGCGAAGAUGGAUGACGUCCUGGGAGACACCAUAGAUCCUUUAGAUCAUCGCUACAUCGCCUGGUUGGCCUUGGUAGCCGUGGCAUACAACUACAAUAUCUGGUUUUGCACCGCCCGGCUGGCCUUCCCGUACCACAACGAAACUGCCAACAUCUACUGGAUAAUCUUCGAUGUUCUCAGCGACUUGGUGAACGUUAUCGACAUCAUCGUCUGGCAGCCUCGGCUGCAGUUUGUCAAAGCCGGAGACGUUAUUAAAGACAGAGCUGUGACAAAGGCACAUUACAGGAAAUCACAGCGAUUCAAGAUCGAUAUAAUCAGCAUCUUCCCCUUCGACCUCCUCUGCCUUCACUUUGGGUUCUCCUCCGUCUACCGACUGAACCGCUGUAUCAGGAUCGAAUCCUUCUUCGAGUUCAGCGACCGACUCGAGAAUGUCAUGGCCAAGGCGUACAUCUGGAGAGUGGCUCGCACCACCGGUUACCUGCUCUUCAUGCUCCAUCUAAACGCCUGUGCGUACUUUGUGGCCUCAGUGCACCAGGGUCUCGGAUCGACUACGUGGGUGUAUAACGGAGCAGGCUCGGCGUACCUGCGCUGUUACUACUUUGCUGUCCGCAGUCUGAUCAACAUCGGCGGUCUUCCUGAGCCAGUAACCACCUUUGAGAUUACCUUUCAGAUGUUGAACUUUUUCAUUGGCGUCUUUGUGUUCUCCAGUCUGAUUGGACAGAUGAGAGACGUCAUAGGAGCAGCAACAGCAGGUCAGGCUUAUUUUCGGGCAUCAAUGGACGGCUGCGUUGCCUACAUGAACACCUAUACGAUCCCCAAGUAUGUCCAGAACAGAAUCCGGACCUGGUACAACUACACCUGGGCCUCUCAGGGCAUGCUGGAUGAGUCCGAGCUGCUGGACAAGAUGCCUCUCGUGAUGAAAACUGCCAUCGCUGUGGACAUCAACCUGACCACCUUCCAGAAGAUUGCCCUGUUUCAGGGCUGUGACCAGCAGAUGUUGGUGGACAUGUUGCUGAGGCUCAAGUCCAUCAUCUACCUACCAGGAGACUUUGUCGUGAAGAAGGGUGACAUCGGUAAAGAGAUGUACAUCAUUAAAAGCGGAGCGGUGCAGGUGGUGGGAGGACCUGACAACAGCAUCGUGUUCGUCACACUGAAGGCUGGCUGUGUGUUCGGAGAAAUCAGUUUACUACAGUCUGCCAAAGACGGAGGAAACAGGCGCACAGCCAACGUGAGAGCACACGGCUUCGCUAACCUUUUUGUCCUGGAGAAGAAGGACCUGUUUGACAUCCUCGUCCACUACCCCGAGUCUCAGAAAGUGUUGGCCAGGAAGGGAAGGAAACUGACCAAAGCCAAAGGCCCUGCAGCUGCUAAAACCAACGAGGAGAAGCCGAAGGGUCUGACUCUGUUCGGACCAAAACCACCAACACCCAAGUUAUUCAAAGCGUUUGGCAAAGGAGGCCUCAUGGACAAGCUGAAGAAAAGCAAAGAGGAGCAGAAAUGAAAGGGCGACGCCACUGAGCUUCGGCGCUUCCAAUCAUUUUGCGUAUCUGGCGUUUUAUUGGUUGCUGAAAGGAAACGGGCAAUCUGUAACUCCAAUCCAGAAAUAUUCACCUGGUAAACUCCUGUAGACUCCCUGAUAGAGGCGGUGCUUAAUGUUCUGUUUCAUGUUUGCAUUGUGUAAACCUAUGCGUUAUUUUUAAUAAAAGUUACGACGUUCGUGA